AUCAAGUCGAAUAAUAUUUCCGACCAAGAUGUGGCCUUCUGUGCGGAGUUUAAUGCCUCAAUGUCAAACACUUCAUUCAAUAUUGAAUCAACAAGUUAGAACAACUUACAUCUUGAAGCGGAAAUUUCCCGUACAAUUGCACAAAAAAAAUAUGCCACCCAAAACUCUACGAAGCAGGCACUACGUUUAUGAAUUAGUCAAAGAUACAACAAUUGAGAAACAGCCACAAUUGAAAUUGAUCUUAACAGCACAUGUAGAAGGUUUGGGUAGUAAAGGGGACAUUGUAGAAGUAAAACCUUCCUAUGGUUACAAUACUUUAAUAUUAUUACAAAAAGCAGUUUAUGCUAGUGAGGAGAAUAUUUCUAAGUAUGCUAGUUUGAAAGAUGAUGUGGAAGACAAACCCUCAUCUCCUCUAGUACCCAUGUGUAUGCAAUCUUUAGCUAAAAUGACUUUAUCAGUUGUAAUGAACAUGGAAUCACCUUGGGAGAUUAAACCUUGGCAUAUAAAAGUUUCCUUCAGGAAGUGUGGGUGGGAAGUACCUGAAAAGGCAAUUGUUCUUCCAGAAAUGCCAAUUAAAGGCCCUAAUAUGAAUAUAGAAGGAAAAGAAUUCUAUAUUACUGUUGUGUUUAGUCCAAAGGAGAAACAAGAAGUAAAAUGUAGAUUACAUCACUGGAGUACUGAUCCAUCAGAUAGAUUACCAUAUGUAAAAGAAUUUUGGAAGAUACCAGUUGAAUCUGUGUUUGCUGAUCUUGAAAAGUAUGAACAGAAUCAGUUGAAAUAAUUUUGCAAUAUUUGCAUCUUUUCAAUUUGAACUGAAUUAAUUUAUUUAUUCAAUGAAUUACUGGCAGAUGACAAGUGAGCUCAGAUUUCAAUGGAUUAAAUGUAUAAAAUUGGAUAUCCACAAUUAGCGCGCCCAAAUAUUUGAUAGACAUUAACAGAUCAAGGAACCAGAAAUAAGUUAUGAAUGAAUGAAUGAAUAUAAUAUACAAAGUA